AGAGCAAAAUCCACCUAUAUAAACACCACCCAUCUCCCCAAAAAUCUCACCCACAAACCAAAAUAAAGUCUAUACAUCACACACACACACACACACAAAUUGUUAUCUACUUGCCAAGCUCCAAAACAUAGUUAUGAGUCCCUUAAAAACUACCUUACCAAUCUUGGGCUUACUCUUUGUUACUCUAUCUUUCAGAUUAGCCAAUGCAGCCACAUUUCAAGUAAGGAACAAUUGCCCCUUCACUGUCUGGGCCGCAGGAGUGCCCGGUGGCGGAAGACAGUUGAACCGAGGGGAAACAUGGAUUAUAAAUGCCAAUCCUGGUACUGUUCAAGCCCGUAUUUGGGCUCGAACCAAUUGCCAAUUUGAUGCUUCAGGCAGAGGUAGGUGUCAAACUGGUGACUGCAAUGGACUUCUUGAGUGUAAGAGUUUUGGUGCGGCCCCAAACACUCUGGCUGAGUAUGCCCUGGACCAGUUCAUGCACCUGGAUUUCAUCGAUAUCUCGGUGAUCGAUGGGUUUAAUGUGCCAAUGGAGUUCAGCUCAGUGUCUGGGCAGUGCACGCGGGUGAUCAAGUGCACCGGUGACCUCAUCGGGCAGUGUCCAAAUGAGCUGAGGGUGCAAGGGGGAUGUAAUGGGCCUUGUCCAGUUUUUAAGACGGAGGAGCACUGCUGCAACUCUGGCAACUGUGGUCCAACAAAUCUUUCAAGGUUUUUCAAGCAGAGGUGUCCUGAUGCUUACAGUUACCCUAAGGAUGAUCCUACCAGCUUAUUUACUUGCCCAACUGGAACUAACUACAAAGUUGUUUUCUGCCCUUGAAGCCACAUUUUAAUCGUGUUAAUCAUAUAUAAAUAUUAUGUAUAAAAUAAACUCGGGCAUAAAACGUUUAAUGAUCAAAUAUUGUCACAUGUGAUGAUUGCGCAAUUACCAAUUUGCUAUUGGUUCUGAUAAUAAAUAUUUGACUCCUAUUACACUACAAA